CGGGGUGGAAACGCUUCUUUCUACCUGUACAUACUUUUCAACGAAUCUAAUAUACCCGUUUACUCUACCAGUAACGUGUAUACAAACGGACAAAUGAACUGACGAACAAUAUUCGGUCGAACAUAGCUUAAUCGACUUCGCUAUUGAUACUGAUCAAGAGUUGCCAACUAUAAAUGAUCAGAGCUGCCUACUUUACUCAAUUCUCCAAAUUUUUAAUCAAUUUUCCUUAUUUUAAAUUUUCACAAAUUUUUCUUGAUUGUUUUCUAAACACGCCCGGAGCCCCCUUUAACACGUAUAAAAAAUUUUAUCAAAAUCGGUCCGGCCGUUUACGAGUCUAUAGCGGACAUACAUGGUUAGAUUCAUUUAUAUAUAUAUAUACACUUAUAACUUUUUGGUAUACUCGUACGUUGGACACCUAGACAUAUAAAGAUGCAUGCCCAUGUCAAAUGUUCAGUCACUCUUUUAUAGUUAUACACGUUACUCGUUGAGUCAAAAGGUAUAUUAGAUUCAUUGAAAAGUAUGAAACAGGUAGAAUAAUUUUAAAAUUGUGUAAAACAGUAACGUGUAUGUUAUAGUCACUGCACUCGACUAUAGCGUUCCUUCUUGUUUUAUAUUACGCUUUUAUAAAACGCAUUGUUAUUAAACUUUAUUUCUCUUUCUUGUACGGUACAAGCCAAAUCUUCGAAUUUCUUUAGCUAAAUUUACAGCUUCAAUAAAUAUGUACAUAAGCUUUUAAAAUAUUUUAAAACACGAUUUAAUUUUAAAAUUUUGAAUCGCUGAAGCACAAUUUUCACAACUUUAUGUUCGUUAUCGUUAUUUGUCUGACUAUCUGCCAGGUAGUUUGGUGAGUUUUCCUGGAUUUUGUUUCGGUCCUACUUAUAUUCAUCAACCUUGGAUACGGGGCACUUCAAAUUAUAAAAGAUUAAGGGGUUUUUCAGGAAGCCAUUGCAUUAUAUUUAGGAGCAGUGCACUAUAUGUUCAGUUAUGGGUAUGAUCACAGGUAAGCAACGUGGAUUCAAAGAGAUUAAUUUUUUACCUGUUGCGUAUAAAUAAGUCACGAUGGCGAACAUUUUGCUUCAUUAUUCAACACACCAGUCUAGCUACAGGAACGUCAUUAAGUAUUUUAAAACAAAAAGUAUUUAAAAAAAAAUGCCAACAUACAACUUCACCCAGUUUUUAGGCCUAAGCGGGCAGGACCAGUCAUCUGUGUCCACCAGCAUCAUAAAUCUAAACGCACUCAAUUUCGGACAGCGCGACCUGAAUUUAUUCAUUGAAAGUAUGGAAAUUAUUUCUCGUAUAGAGAAAGAAAGGAAUACGCGUCGAAAAAUCCGUCGGGCACAAAAGAUUCAGCACGCUCGUAUGACCCAACUAAAGAAAGAAAGAAGCGCCAGUCCGACCCCAAGUGCCGAAAUGACCACUGACGAGCCCGUCUUGCACCUGGAAGCCAAGUGUAUUCCCUAUGCGGUAUCCGACUUCCUAACUGUCCAAAAGAGCAACAAUCAAGAAAGCAAUCCAGGUCUGCCCGAAUACUACAUCUGCGACAAUGAAACCAAGGGCAAUGGUCUCCUAUCAGCACGAAGCAGCAUAACCUACUGUAGCUGUGAUGGCAUUUUCAGUCUAGAUUUCGAAAUCACUAAAUAGAGAGGGCACGGUUCUGUUUCCUUUGUGCGUCCGCGGGCACAUGUGUGAACGCAGUCCAAAUAUCGCCAGACUCUAUCCCGUACCAUCAGAAUGGUGUUAAAUAGAAAUUACAUAAAGAAUUUUUCACCAAAAAAAUCAGUAAGGGAAAAAGUGCAAGAGUCUGCCAAACGACGACAUUCGAAUUCUGAGGAUUUUAACCAAUGGAAACCAUUUAUCAGAUUACAAUUUCCUGGAAAAGGCUCACUGCUGGCUGACUUGGUUUAUUUUAUAGUGUUAUUCUUGUAAAACAUUUAAAUAAAUAAAACUUCAAAAUAAAACUAAAAGAAUUUCUAUUAAAUACAAGAAGGUUCUAUCCUGCGAAGGCAACAAUACAUACAAUUUUUUUCAUAUUUAACGUUAAUAUAUCGCUCUUUCUACAACAUAGGACGGAAUUAUAUUAAAUUACUAUAACUAUUCUCUAAUUUUGAUAACUAUGUCGAAUACUAUAGCUCUCACAUUAUUGUAAGGUACUACUUGGCUGGCUUUUUCAGUUAUAUGAUGCUAAAAUUCAUAUGUCGCCAAAAUGUCGAAUGUUCUCCAGGUGCCCCUUACGACAAAUGGCCAAGUCGUUUUGGGAAUGGGAGAAAAUGGAAUAAUUCGAGGUUAACUCAAAACAAAUUAGAAUUAUAACAUAAUAAAACACAAUAUAACAUAAAAUCCUUCGAAAGCUAAUGGAUCAUUUUAAAACAGUUUCCAAAUAUGUUUUAGUAGAAUCCGCCAUUAUAACAAUAAUUGCCCAUUACUCGUAAAGUAAAAAUAUGUAACAGGUACACUAUGCAAGUACUAUAUAUGUAUAUUAUUGCUUAGGAUCAAUAGACAGUCGAUUUAGCUAAUCAUUCUGUCCGUGUGAACGCUGAGACUG